AUGGCGGUGCCUUCAGCCCAGGAGUUUCACUGGCAGAGCCUGGCACGACUGCCCACCGGCCGCGUCUACCACACUCUGACUGAGGUGGGGGGGCAGAUGUACAUGCUGGGGGGCUGCGACGCUGCGGGGAGACCGUGCCCCUCCCUUGAGCUCUACUCCCCUGAGGCGGACCGGUGGACGAGCUUGGCCCCCAUGCCCACCCCUCGCGCUGGAGCAGCUGUAGCGGUGCUGGGAAAGCAGAUCCUGGUGGUGGGAGGAGUGGGAGAGGACCAGAGUCCCCUGAAGGUGGUAGAGAUGUACAACACAGAGGAAGGGAGGUGGAGGAAAAGGAGCGCUCUACGGGAGGCCCUGAUGGGUGUAUUCAUUGCUGUGAAAGAUGGCCGGGCUCUGGCUGUAGGGGGAAUGGGUGCUGACCUGCUCCCUCGUAGCAUCCUGCAGCAGUACGACGUUCGGAAGGACGUGUGGGCGCUGCUUCCUCCCAUGCCGACCCCACGCUACGAUGCUAACAUACAUCUGCUGGCCAACAAGCUCUACGUGGCAGGUGGCCGUCAGUGUAAGCGACCAGUGAAAGCCUUUGAAGUUUACGACUCAGAGACACGCUCCUGGACUACGUUACCCAUGGUGCCAUGCAAACGUUCAUAUGGGGGAGUGAUAUGGGACACAGCUGGGAGGCUUUGUCUGCUGGGAGGGCUGCGACAGGGAGGAGGACACCAGAGCUCCAAGUUCACCAAGAACAUCAACAUUUUUGACACCAACCAAGGCGCCUGGCUGAAGUCAGAGGAGACGGUGGCCAUGAAAACAAAGAGAGCGGACUUUGUGGCUGCUUUCUUGCGUGGUCGCAUGGUGGUAGCCGGGGGGCUUGGUCACGAGCCCUCAGCUCUGGACACAGUGGAGGCCUUUCACCCUCAAAGGAAGAAGUGGGAGAGGAUGGCUCCAAUGACCUUCCCUCGAUGCUCAGCCUCCUCCAUCGUCAUCAGAGAUCGCCUCCUGGUGGUGGGAGGAGUCAACCAGGUUCCCAGCUCUGCACAUGAGAUCCUGUAUGUGAAAGAAGAGGAGUAUCUGUAG